AUGUUCAGCCAGGAGGGGCUGCCCGCCCCCGCCUUCAGCCUGGGGCCCACGGGCCUGCAAGAGGUGAGCGGCCCGUUCGGCAAAGGCAGCUACAGCAUCGCCCCCCCGCCGCCCUUCUUCCCCUUCCCGGCGGUGAAAGCGGAGUACGAGCCCCCCGAGCUGGCGGCGGGGGAGCCCGGCCAGGCCAAGACCUGGUGCCCUUUCCAGGGCCCGGAGCCCGGCCCUCAGCCGGGCAUGGCCGGGGGGCCCCAGGGCCCCCAGCUCCUGGAGAGCGGGCAGGCCCCGAAGGAAGAGCCCGGCCCGGAGAGGGGGCGCAGAGAAGGGUCCCCAGAAGCCAAAUGCGCCCUUCUGCCCGCGGGCGCCUACUACGCCCAGCCCUGGAACAACCCUUUCUGGCCCGCCCUGGCUGGGCACAGCGCGGCGGCGGCCCGCGGGCCCCUGCCCGGCCAGACCUUCCCCGGGGCCCGUCACAUCUACCCCAGCGACCCGCACCAGCCCCCCAGCGGCCUCUCCAGCCUGGGCAGCAGCGGCAGCUCCAGCGGGGCGGCGAGCGAGGGAGGCCACUCCAGCGAGAGCGGGGACGAGGACACCACUCCCACCUCGGAGGAGCUGGAGCAGUUUGCCAAAGACCUCAAGCACAAGCGCAUCACCCUGGGGUUCACCCAGGCUGACGUGGGGAUGGCUCUGGGGACUCUGUAUGGGAAGAUGUUUAGCCAGACGACAAUCUGCCGCUUCGAAGCCCUCCAGCUGAGCUUCAAGAACAUGUGCAAGCUGAAGCCGCUGCUGCAGCGCUGGCUCAACGAGGUAGAGAACAGCGACAGCCUGCAAGAGCUGUGCAAUGCAGAGCAAGUGCUGGCCCAGGCCCGGAAGAGAAAGCGCAGGACUAGCAUCGAGAACAACGUCAAGGGCACGCUAGAGAGCUUCUUCCGCAACUGCGUGAAGCCGAGCCCCCAGCAGAUCUCGCAGAUCGCCGAGGAUCUCAACCUGGACAAAGACGUGGUGCGAGUCUGGUUCUGCAACCGGCGUCAAAAGGGCAAGCGGCUGCUGCUGCCCUUCGGCGAUGAGAACGAGGGAGCCAUGUACGACAUGAACCUGGCCCUGGCACACCCAGCCCUGCCCGCCGCAGUGAGCUCCCAAGCCUAUGCCCCGGCCCCCCUAACCUCGCCCCCUCCCAUCUACAUGCCGGCUUUCCACAAGGGCGAGAUCUUCCCUCAAGCUUUGCAGCCGGCGGUCUCCAUGGGGAACAGUGGCAACUGAAUCUGGGGGCCAGGGGCUCCCUGGGAGCUGGACGGAGGUGGCUCGGCAGUGCUGCUUGGCUGGCUCCUCGGAGAGAAAAGCGCCCCAAAGAUCCUGCCGCUGCUCCCCAGACGCCUGACUCGGGGUGGGGGUGGGUGGAGGUGUUCACUGUAUUUGUUUGUUUGCUUUCUGGUGUGAGGGGGAGGGGCAGCAAACCAGGCAGAGGGAGAGGGUGGUGAGUCGCCAUCCUUCCCACUGAUCUGAAUCACUCCUGCUGCAAGGAGCCUGCUCCCCCAUCCUCGAGUUGAUCUACCUAUCCUGCCCCUCCUCCCUGGGGGCAGGGCCUUGUCACUCAUUUGCAAACGAUGUUUUAUCUAUUGUUAGUUUGGAGAAGGAAAAAAAAAAGAAGCCCUUUUUAGCGAUUUCUAGUUUUUAAAUGAUCCCGUCUCUGUCUCUCUGUUGCACGCAACUGGGCUGUACGAGCCCUGGGUGCCGUCACUCCCAUGGCCUCUUAGUCCCAGGCAGCCGUAAACUUGGGAGUUUCCAAGGAGCCGAGGAGAGUUAGAGUGCCCAUUGUGUGCCAGUGAGAGUUGGGCCCUUGCAUCUCCUUGGCAAAUGCCAGCCUGUAGCUCAGCCUUGCUCCCUGGGCCCGUAGACACACCUUUAACGGUCCCAGCUCUGUCUCAAUCAGUUGGCAUUUUCCAAGGAGAAUAUGUUUCACUGAACAAUGCCAGAUGCAUGUGUACUUAAUGUGCCUUCCCCGCCUGCCUCUAGAGCGCAAAUGCUUCAGCUACCUUGUCUUCUACCAACCCUGCCCCUUCAGGAGCCCCAGCCUUGACACGCGUCCAUAGGGCACAGGAGGCUCUUCAGUUACCCUUGAGAAGCCCUGGUGGAUGGGUUACCCUGCUGGAGACCUGCUCAGGCCUGUAACAGCUCAGGGUCCCCUGUGUUUCCAAACUGCUGGUGAGAGUAGCCUCCUAUGGCCCCCAAAGUCUCAACUUCGCACUUCAGGGCUUUGACUCUCUGCCUGGCAGCUUUUAUUGUUGACUCCCUGCACACUGCUCGCUCGGAGAAGCGGUGUCAUGGGUGGAAAGAGAAAGAAGUGCUUCUCCCAGCCCUGGCUCUGUAAGGCUGUGAUUCCACCCACACGCCAGCAGAGUGACCUACCAUGCACAUCGGAGCUCCCCCAGCAGAACUGCAGCCUGGUAAGAGUGGCUCAGCGAGAAAACAUUGCACAUUGUAACAAGAACAAACCAUUUUUGAGAGCCUCUUAUUUUGUUCCCGGCACUGCAUGUUUUGUAGAGCCGCACAGAUCCUCCUUUCCAUAGCGCACUCUUGGAGCGCAGCAUGAAUGUGUGCUGGGGUCGAAUGGGCAUGAGAAAGAGGGUGGGACUCUGCAAGCUCCACCCUCAACCAAUCUCCACUCGCCUCAGAUGCCAGAAUGGAGCUCCCUGCUCUGACGAUGCACCGAUGUUCUGGCUAUGACCAUGUAUGUUCUGUGGGCUGGACAGGGUUCAAAUAUGCUGGUGGGCUCCUCCGCUUAGCUCUCCCUUUGGGUUCCCAUGCCUUGCCGGGCAGCUUGGGCUUCAUUGCCUCUUGGCUGGCAAUAAAUAUAAGCAGUCAAGAACAUAAGAAUGGUCAUACUGGGACAGACCAACAGUCCAUCUAGCCCAGUAUCCUGGCUUCCGACACUGGCCAAUGCCAUGAUGCUUCACAGGGAAUGAAUAGAAAAGGGCAAUUAUCAAAUGAUCCAUCCCACCAUCCAGUCCCAACAUCUGGCAGUCAAAACCUUAGGGACACUGAGAGCAUAAGUUGCAUCUCUGACUUUCUUGGCUAAUAGCCAUUGAUGGACCUAUCCUCCAUCAACUUAUGUAGUUGUUUUUUGGAACCCUGUUAUAGUCUUGGUCUUCGCAACAUCCCCCGGCAAUGAGGUCCACAGGUUGACUCUGCGUUGUGUGAAGAAAUACUUCCUUUUGCUUGUUUUAAACCUGAUGACCCCUGGUACUUGUGUUAUGUGACUUCCUUGUUCUCUUUCUCCACACCAUGAAUUUUUAUAGGCCUCUAUCAUAUCCCCCCUUAAUCGUCUCUUUUCCAAGCUGAAUAGUCCCAGUUUCAUUAAUCUCUCUUCAUCGGGAAGCUGCUCCAUACGGUGCUCAAUCAUUUUUGCCCUUCUCUGUACCUUUUCCAUUUCUAACGUAUCUUUUUUGUGAUGGGGUAACCAGAACUCCCCACAGUAUUCAAGGUGUGACUGUACUAUGGAUUUAGAUAGAGGCAAUAUGAUAUUUACUGUCGACUUAUCUAGCCCUUUCCUAGUAAUUCCCAACACUCUGUUUGCUUUUUGAUGGCUGCUGCACAUUGAGUGGGUGUUUUCAGAGAACUAUCCACAAAGACUCCAAGAUCUCUCUCUUGAGUGGUAACAGCCAAUUUAGAUCCCAUAAUUUUGUAUGUACAGGUGGGAUUAUGUUUACUAUGUGCAUUACUUUGCAUAUAUUAACAGUGAAUUUCAUAUGCCAUUUUGUUGCCCAGUCACCCAGUUUUGUGAGAUCCUUUUGUAAUUCUUUGUAGUCUGUUUGGACUUAUCUUGAGUAAUUUUGUAUCCUCUGCAGACUACGACACCUCACUGUUUACCCCUUUUUCCAGAUAAUUUCUGAAUAUGUUGAACAGCGCUGGUCCCAUGCAGAUCCUUGGGGGAUCCUGCUAUUUACUUAUUUCCACUGUGAAAACUGAUGAUUUCUUGCAACCCUUUGUUUCCUGUCUUUUAACCAGUUACUGACCCAUGAAAUCCCCAUAAUUGCCAGGAUCACCUCCGGAACCCUUUUGAAAAAUUGUCAUCAUAUUAAGUGUCCUUCAGCCAUCUGGCCUAGAGGCUGAUUUAAGUGAUAGGUUACAGACCACAGUUAGUAGUUCUGCAAUUUCAUAUUUGAGUUGCUUCAGAACUCUCGGGUGAAUCUCACCUGGCCCUUGUGAGUGGUGACUUUUAUUAUUUAUCAACCUGGGUUCCAAACCACUUCCAUUGAGACCUCAGUGUGGGACAUACCCACCCCAUGCCUGUCACCUGAGGGUGCAGUGGGACUCGGGUCUCAACAUUUCAAAGUAGCGUCCAUCUCCCCACCCCCUCACUGGGCUACUCUGUCAGCAUGUCGCCUCUGGGGAGAGGGGGGGACUCACCCCGGGGAAGAACAUUGGGGAUGAUGCCCAUUUGAUCUCCUCACUCACUUUGACCUCUCCCUCUUCUCACCUUUUAUUAAAACGCUGGAUAGAAAAUUAAGUUCCUGGGACACCUGG